GCUAGCCACAUCGUAGCAAAUCGCACGUGUGAGCAUCCUUUGGUCAGAAUGGCGGUUUCUCUACCUCUCGCCGUCGCCCUGGGCGCACUGAUGAUCGAUGCCAUCCUCGAGCUGUCUUUCAUCACCAGCAUGGUGGCAUGGCUUCAUAAUACCGCCAGUGGUACUUUUACGGUCAAUUUCAACGAAUCGACAUUCGAACUCUACGGCGAACCGAAGCACUUCUUAGUCAACCAAGGCCACACCAGCAACGGCGCCGCGGGAACAGCAAUUGUCCUGAUUGGCUUCGGAGGCAUCGUCACUCUGUUCCUUAGAAGCCGGCCCCAUAUCCUCGGACAGAAAUUCACGUCCUUCAUCUACGGUCUAUGGCUUACCAUUCUUGUUCUGGGCCUCAUGCUCACCAUCGCCGCCCUCGGUUAUGUCUUUGCUGUUACAAACGCACACAAGGGGCAGACGAUUGACGUGAAAGUCGCCUCGACGACCGGCAACCACAAAUAUCCCCUCGAUACAUGGACACCUCAAAACUGGUUCCCUGCAGUGCUGAAGCUGGACCUGGCGAACGAAAGCCAGAGAAACGACAUUGCAUCUCACCUGCGAAUCAUGCGAGGAUGGCAGUACAACUUGAUUCCAAUGUUCUUGAUUCAGCUUACGACCACUGUUUUGGCGUUCUUGGAAUUUUUGGAGAGACGGCGAUCAGGACCUUCACACGUUGCAUAUGGAGCUGUGGAACGAAGCAGUGCAGAGCAAAAGAUGGUCGCGACUCCUUAAAUGAGAGUUCGCUUCUGGCAUUCAAGGUGUUUGGACAUUAUACAUUCUUGCAAAUAUUUUUAAACAAGGGAAGCAAUUACGGCAUGGGCAUAAGUCGGGUUAUUAACUUGCAUUAUUUCUUUGGAUAAUGGUUUAUUUCUAUUUGGCGCGCGGUUUCUCCGUGUAGCUUUCACAACCUUACACUUUUAUUUCUUCUUCUAGUGAAACUAUUCUUUCCUUUACCUAAUCCAGAUGUCUUGUUUGCU